UUGGUCUGCACUAGGCUCCACCCCAUUUGGAUACUGCCAUAAAAUGAAAGCCUAGGAAAGGAGCAUUUGAAGAGUGAGCAGAGUUCAAUGCUGUGAGGAUCUUUUGAGUUUCAAAGGAAGCCUUUGCUGUGGGUCAGCACAUAGCCAGAGUUCGAGUCUGGGUCCAGGUACUUGAUAUGAACAGAGCACUGUCUAAAGAUGGUAGCGAGGGUAGAGUGAGCCAUGGCAGCAUCACACCCCCGUGCCACGCAACAGCCCGGUAUCCUGGGAACGAACCCGUUUGCCUGAGAGGCACCAGCAGAAACCUCCAAGUGACAAGGACACGUAAGAGCAAUUUUCCCUACUAGCAAAGACCAGUCUGACCAAUGGAGCCCCGGAUUCCCCACAACAUCACGGUGGUUCCCAACUCUGUCAUGGUCCAGCCACUGCUAGAUGGUCGGAUCCCCUAUGGGAGGCUGCAGCACCCGCUCACCAUCCUACCAAUUGACCAAAUGAAGACGAUUCGCAUUGAGAACGACUACACUGACAAUCCCACCCUCGCCCAGCUGGCCACGCAGAAGCGCCCCCGAGGGCCCCAUGAACCCACGCUGAUCAGCCAGCACCUGCAGAGGUGCGAGCAGGAUGUCACCCACCCCUGGAUCUCUUUCAGUGGACGGCCCAGCUCCAUCAGUAGCAGCAGCAGCACAUCUUCAGACCAGAGGCUCUUGGAUCACAUGGCGCCAGCUCCUGUGGCAGACCAGUCUUCUCCGAGAGCAGUCCGGAUACAGCCCAAGGUGAUCAACUGCAAACCCUUGGAUCUGAAGGGACCCAUGUCUCAGGAACUUGACAAGCACUUUUUACUGUGCGAAGCCUGUGGGAAAUGCAAGUGCAAGGAGUGUGCCCUACCCAGGACUCUGCCUUCUUGCUGGGUGUGUAACCAGGAAUGCCUCUGCUCCGCACAGAACCUGGUCAAUUAUUCCACGUGCAUGUGUCUGGUGAAGGGUGUCUUCUACCACUGCACCAACGAGGAUGACGAGGGCACCUGUGCAGACCACCCUUGCUCCUGCUCCCACUCGAACUGCUGUGCCCGCUGGUCUUUCAUGAGUGCCCUCUCUCUGGUCCUGCCCUGCUUGCUCUGCUACCUGCCAGCAACAGGCUGCGUGAAACUCUCCCAGAGAUGCUACGAUCAAGUGAGUCGGCCGGGAUGCAGGUGUAAAAACACAAACAGCGUCAUUUGCAAGUCGGUGCCGGAUGGCAAAACAAGCAGGCCAGAAAAGCCUUUCUGAUCACCUGGGAAGCUGGGGAGAGUGGAAGAGACACCAGGGAGUGGGUUUCUUACAACCUGUGUUCUGAGGAUAACAUCUAGCCUUUUGCCUUCAGAGAGAGCAGAAGUAACUAUUUCCACAAACUGAAGCACUUUGGGUUAUUCAGGGUUUUGGAACUGGUGAGCUACAACUUUGACAGAUGGGCCAAAGGAGAAUUCUUAACGUUUUACAGAGCGAAGGCCGAAAAUGUGCACAUGCCAUGAAGUACAGCUGCUUAAAAACUUUUUACUGUCUACUUCAGAGUGCUGACUGCUCAGGGUGCCUGCACACAGCGAGAAUCAUUAACUGUGAGCUCGGCAGGCACGUCGGCAGAAGCAAUAUUCAUUCUCAUUCACCGAAGAUUUGGAUUCACAGUACGAUGGGUUUUUUCCCUUUCAACUCUGAGUUGUUACCAGCAGCUUGUUAAAGGUGAAGGGUUGAUGUUUCCCCCUCCCCCCCACCCUCCAU